CAAGUGCUCACUGCGAAGAGGCUGCUACUAGCCCUUGGAGGAGAGCAGCCUCUCUUGCCAGGAUUCAGUAAAGAAAGCCAAGUCUGAAGAUGCAGUUCUGUCACUGGAGUGAAAGAUGUUUUAUUUAUUUCUAAUCAACUAUGCUAUAUAGCUGCAAACUGAAAAGUGCCUGUAAUUUGCCAGUUAUUUAUAAUAAGAAAAUAAAUACUGCUGGAACCAGUAAUGCAGAUGUCCCUUUGGCUGAUCCCGGAAUGUACCAAUUGGACAUUACAUUAAGAAGGGGUCAAAGUUUAGCUGCCCGAGAUCGAGGAGGGACAAGUGAUCCAUACGUGAAGUUUAAAAUUGGAGGAAAAGAAGUUUUUAGAAGUAAAAUAAUACACAAGAACCUCAAUCCUGUGUGGGAGGAGAAAGCUUGCCUUCUUGUUGGUCACCUUAGGGAGCCAUUGUAUGUAAAGGUAUUUGACUAUGACUUUGGACUACAGGAUGACUUUAUGGGCUCAGCCUUUCUGGAUCUCACGCAGCUGGAGUUAAAUAGGCCCACGGAUGUGACCUUAACACUGAAAGAUCCCCAUUAUCCUGACCAUGAUCUUGGAAUCAUUUUGCUCUCAGUCGUCCUUACCCCUAAAGAAGGAGAACACAGGGAUGUGACUAUGCUAAUGAGGAAGAGUUGGAAAAGAUCAAGUAAGGAACUCUCAGAAAAUGAAGUGGUUGGAUCUUAUUUCUCUGUGAAGUCUUUCUUUUGGAGGACGUGUGGCAGGACUGCUUCUCCUGUCCUGGGCUUCUGCAGAGCAGAGCUUCAGAGUGCUUAUUACCAAAAUGCACAAUUUCAGACCCAAAGUUUACGUCUGUCAGACGUACACAGAAAAUCACAUCUUUGGAGAGGAAUAGUCAGCAUCACAUUGAUUGAGGGGCGAGACCUCAAGGCAAUGGAUUCAAACGGGUUGAGUGACCCCUACGUGAAGUUCCGGCUUGGGCAUCAGAAGUACAAGAGCAAGAUUAUGCCAAAAACUUUGAAUCCUCAGUGGAGGGAACAGUUUGAUUUUCAUCUCUAUGAAGAAAGAGGCGGAAUCAUUGAUAUCACUGCAUGGGACAAAGAUGCUGGGAAAAGGGACGACUUUAUUGGCAGGUGCCAGAUCGACCUGUCGGCUCUCAGUAGGGAACAGACACACAAGUUGGAGUUGCAGCUGGAAGAAGGGGAGGGGCACCUGGUGUUGCUGGUCACCCUGACAGCUUCGGCCACAGUCAGCAUCUCUGACCUCUCCAUCAACUCCCUGGAGGACCAGAAAGAACGCGAGGAAAUAUUAAAGAGAUAUAGCCCACUGAGGAUAUUUCACAACCUGAAAGAUGUGGGAUUCCUCCAGGUGAAAGUGAUCAGAGCAGAAGGGUUAAUGGCCGCUGACGUCACAGGUAAAAGUGACCCAUUUUGCGUGGUGGAACUGAACAAUGAUAGGCUGCUAACACACACCGUCUACAAAAAUCUCAAUCCUGAGUGGAACAAAGUCUUCACAUUCAACAUUAAAGAUAUCCAUUCAGUUCUUGAAGUGACAGUUUAUGAUGAAGAUCGGGAUCGAAGUGCUGACUUUCUGGGCAAAGUUGCUAUACCAUUGCUGUCUAUUCAAAAUGGUGAACAGAAAGCCUACGUCUUGAAAAACAAGCAGCUGACAGGGCCAACAAAGGGGGUCAUCUAUCUUGAAAUAGAUGUGAUUUUUAAUGCUGUGAAAGCCAGCUUACGAACAUUAAUACCCAAAGAACAGAAGUACAUUGAAGAGGAAAACAGACUCUCUAAACAGCUGCUACUAAGAAACUUUAUCAGAACGAAGCGUUGUGUCAUGGUGCUCAUAAAUGCUGCAUACUAUGUUAACAGUUGCUUUGACUGGGAUUCACCCCCAAGGAGCCUCGCUGCUUUUGUGCUCUUUCUCUUUGUUGUCUGGAACUUUGAGCUCUACAUGAUACCACUGGUUUUGCUGUUACUAUUGACAUGGAACUACUUCUUGAUAAUAUCAGGGAAAGAUAACAGGCAACGUGAUAUAGUGACACCAUUCAUUUUCAAAAUCAUUCAUGACCUGGAGGACGAACUUCCAUCCACCCAGUAUCUUCAAGCAUGGCAUAGAAGACUCCUCAUGUGUACACCCCGCCCAAACCAUAGCUUCAGCUUUAUCUCCCAUGUAUUCCAGCAGGAUUGUCUAUGUGCGUGUGUUUUGGUUUUGAGAAUGGAAUGUUUAAUGAGCAAAAGGUGGAGGUACUGGGCAGAAGAGGGGAGGUACAGAAAUAAAACAGACGGUACCCGUGCUCUUUUGUCAUCUCUUGCACCCAGAAAGCAACCAUUCAUCACUUGGGAGAGCAGGAAAACAAAGUCCAGAGAGCUUAUGCCACUUGCGAAGGCUCACACAGCACAGCGGGACCAGAAGCCAGUUCCAGCUGGCUCCCAGGCCGAUGUUCUCUGCCUCUCCUCUGCUGCACGCAUUCCACAGGCCCGGGGAGGGCAGUGACUUGGUCCACAGAACAUAACAGAAAGCUAAGAAGGAAGGAAUGAUGCCUCUCUCUUUGUGUAGCUGGGGAAACUGAGGCCUAGGAUAAGGCAGUAACCUCUGCACGGGCAGAGAGUUUGUGUGGGUGGCUCUGUGUGGGACAGAAGUGGUGGUCCAGGGAAGGGCAGUGCCUUAGUGGGGGUCUCGAACUUAGUGGAGGGGCUGGUGCUGCACCUGGGAGCCCCGUGGGCACCAGAACAGGUGCCCAGCAGGCCAGCCUGGCGUGAUGUGCGGCACUGUGCCAGCACAGGUGACUGGAGCACCAGAAGUCCUUGCUGCAGGAGCCAAAUAUUGAAGGGGUUGAGCUCAGAAGGCCUACGAAGAGGUGGGCACACUCCCUUGCGAGGGCCUGGCUCUCCAGGGGCAUCUUGUCUGGGGCAGGCUCCAGGGCUCCUCUUCCAGCUGCACCAUGAACUUGGAGGGAACCCUGUUGGCUUUGAUGAGCAGAGGGUGGCCUAGGCAUGCACAGGUCAAGGCCCUGCAGUGGAGGAGGAGGUCAAAUAGGGCUCUCCUGCCAUUGGGGGGAGUGGGUAGCUUUCAGGGAUGGGGGUUCUUGGUCUCAGGAGAGGAGGAUCCAGGAUGGCUGGGCGGCUGUGGCGGCGGCGGCAGUAUCUGAAGUCAAGUAUAUUUGUAGUUUCCCAGAUAGUCAAUAUACUCUCUCUAUAGCUUCUACUGUUUUCUUUUAAAAAAAAAUAUAUGUUUAUGAUGUGUGUAAAGAUGUAUUUCUUACUUGUCAUAUAUAUUUUGUUUUUUAUGAAAAUUGGACCACAUUAA